ACCAUCGGUUGCAGGAAAAUUAUGUUGUUCGACCAUGAGAUGUCUCCGAAGUGUAAUAUCUUUCGCGAAAAUCUUCGCAUUGCGAAGGUGAUUUUAAUUAUCCUGUGCACUUCGUUCAGUCACUGCCAUCGAGAAAAGGAUUCACUGCAGGCGCCUCGUGAUCUAACGGUCUUUGUUUUUGAGGAAUCAUCAGAGGACAUUUUUACCAAGGAAAAAUAUACUGUUCUGAAGUUCAAUAUUUCUUGGCUGCAACCGGAAAUAUCUCUUCGACUGAAAUAUUACAGUAUUUUAAUUAGUCCGGUGGAAAAUGAUCCGAAUAAUCAUGAAGAUUCAUUGGACGGACUCAGCGAUUGUCCACUUGAGGAAAGCAUUUUUCACACGACGGGAAGUGCACAGGAGACGAACAUUGUGUUGCCGGAGAAUAAUGUUUUCUCCGACAUUCCGGAAUUGACAAUCAGGCCCACAUGCACGUAUGAAAUACAAGUCAUCGCCCAGCCUCGCACUGCCGGGGAAGCCAAUACUGCCAAGAUUAACGUUACAAUACCAAAGUGUGUUGGUAAUUCAUGCGAUUGUCGAGAUGCUUAUGAACACCUUCCCGUUCCUCAAGUUUACGGUGAAGUUCUGGAGUCUGGGGAGAUCGAAAUCAGAUGGGAAAUAGCCGAGAAUCAUUCCCUCGUGAGUUCGUAUGUAUUGAGCUACGCCAUUCCUCUGCUGAUUUCAAAAAACGAUCUACCUGUCUACAACAUAUCUAAACUAGUUCAACUGCCUUGUAAUACAUCAAACUACGUUAUGAAUAUUGAUUUGAGCACUUCAAUUUCAUCACCAAUGGGGCAUGCAAUAUUUUUAGCAACUGAGGAUAGAAAUGGAUGUCUCGGCAAACCUUUCGCCUUUUCCAUGACUAACACACCUAAAUUGCAGAUGUCAACUGAGAGAAUACGUAAUGGGACUGUCUACAUCUUAAUCGGAGUCGUCUGUAUCGUGAUCUUAGGAGGUGUGAGCGUAGUUUGCACUCGGAGAUGUGACAAGUAUAAUAUGAUAUUGCCGAGUUCACCAGCCGGAAUUCCCGCGCUGACAGGAAUUUCCCACCGAGUCCAAUGGGUCAAUUCAAUUCUGAAAAAGCACAAUAGUCUGUACAUCUACCAUGAUAACGAGACUGGAAGUCCAGAAUUCAAAGAGGAUUCAUUCGAAAUAUCGUACGAGAGGCUAAAAUUAUCGAAGGAGCUGGGGAAAGGACAGUUUGGCAGAGUUUACCUGGGGUAUCUCGAUAAUGAUUUUCCAGUUGCUGUUAAACUAUCGAAUCCAUCAACAAAAUUCGAUGAGUUGGAGGCACGUCGACAGCUACUCGAUGAAAUUCAAACGAUGAAACGAGUUGGAUCGCAUUCACAUCUUGUUAAAUUGAUCGGAUGUUGCACACUACCUGAUAAUCCAAUUUGCGUCGUUCUGGAGUACGUGGAGGGAGGCGAUUUACUCUGCUAUCUGCAUCAAUUGAGGGACACGCUUAUCACAGAAUGCGGGGAUUCCCGUCAGUGCGGACAGCAUGUGUCAGACAUGAAUGCGAUGGAGCUGGAUGGCCGGAUUUAUGUAAAUAUCAAGAACAAUGAGUUGCUCUCAAUGGCUGGUGGAAUUGACAAUAAACGAUUCACCUCGUUCGCAUUGGAUAUUGCCAGGGGGAUGGAGCACCUUGAGAAAAAUGGUAUUGUGCAUCGGGAUCUAGCUGCCAGGAAUAUUCUCCUGACGCCCAACAAAUCUUUGAAGAUAGCGGACUUCGGCCUAUCCCGCGAGGGUGUGUACAUAAUCCAGGAGAACGGAAUCGGCGGCCGUCGUCUCCCCGCUCGUUGGAUGGCCCCAGAGACCCUCAGCGAUCGAGCUUUCUCGAACAAAAGUGACGUGUGGUCGUACGGUGUCGUAUUAUGGGAGAUAGAGAGUCUCGGAUCAUUCCCAUACGCCGAAAUCCAGGACGACGAGAUCCUGCACCACAUCGUGAAAAUUGGCAGUCGCUUGCCCCUCCCCGGGGGCAUAAGCACAGUUCACCACGAGAUAAUGCGACGUUGCUGGGCCACACGACCGACGGAUCGUCCGAAUUUCUCCGAUAUUGUGGAGCGUCUUGCCACACCCAACCCACCCUCGCCCACCAUCGCCAGCAGCAAUCCAUGCUACGCCCUGCAGCUCUCGGCCUACAGCUUCCUCUUGACUUAUGAAUAAACCACCGAGAGGAACAACUAUUGCUGUCGAUAAGACAAUUGUCCAGAUGUUCCCAGUUUUAUUGGCUCAAAUUAUUGUUACGAUUGAGUAAUAAUCCUCCUCUACCAUUAAUUUGUCGAAAUUCCACUAUUUUUCUGUUAACAUUUGUGUUUACAUUUCGAUUUAUUUGGUUGAAUUUAUUUAAUCUUUUGUUAAUCUUCAUUAAGUGAGGUAAAUUAACUAGUUAUUCAGGAAUUUUAACUUCUGAACUGAGUUUUACUUCUGUAAUUUAAAUUCUGUUUGUUUUAUUGUCUAAAGUGUUGACAUCUGUACGUAAGAUUUAUUUACCCUGUCAAUAUAAUCCUCAACUCUUAAGUUACAUUGUUGUAAAUAUUGACUAAUUAUUUUUAGAUAAUAAAUAAACUGGACGCUGCGAUAUGGUAUUACGUAACGACCUUUUAGGAACUAGUUCCAGUAACUCCGCUGUACCCCAGCCGAAAAUUUCAAAUGUUUUCUGUAAUCCGUGAAGGAAAUGGGGAAUUUUAUAUGUUCUGAUUACUGAUUUGAAAACUUUUUCUUCUGUUACGCUUAUCAUUUAAUGAGAAUUUAUUUAUAGUUAAUGUAAUCUGAUUUUUUCCAUGCGAUUGAGUUACAUAAAUCAUCAACUUCCCCUUCCUUGGAAGGAGAACGAGUUGAGUCCAAUUCGAAUGGUUUGAGCGUUUUUGAAGAUUCGUGUGUGUGAUUUAUCUUGAGUUUAGUUUAAAAGUGAGAUUGUAAGAGAAUAAAUCAUCCUGAUUAGAUUUUGAAAAAUGACAUUAUGCAUUUUUUGUUAGAAAUAAAGGCCCAGAAGAUUCCUGGGCGUCAAAAAAUACAUAAAUGCCAUGAAAAAGUGAAAGUCGAGUGUUUUGGUCAGACAUUACCUAUUACUCUAGUUUGACGCGCGAAAAGAUCAAAUCGAAAAAUUUAGUGAAUGCAAAAAUUCGAUAAAGUAACUCUUAAACUUUUUAUCAGUUCUCCACUGAUUGUGUUAAUAUAUUCAACGAAAACUGUUCUAUAGAAAGAGCUAAUAAAUCCGAUUUUCCCAUUAAA